AUGAAUAAUAAUCAUUUGAGUUGGAUAGUCGAAUACGGUUCGUUUUCCGUCAUGCUCGGCGUAUCCGUCGUCGUCGGCCUGUACUUUGGAUGCGUGAAGAGCGACGGGAACACGGUUAACGAAUACCUGUUGGGCGGAAAAAACAUGGCCGUCUUUCCCAUUGUCAUGUCGCUGAUCGCCAGGUACACGCGAAAGCAAAUAAAUAACAUUUUGUGUUACGAAUUACAAUUAAUAGGAACGUAUAGCGUUGCGGUAUACAUACAAACGUAAUUAGAAAAAAAAAAAAAAAUGGUAAAAAACAACGAUAAAACCGUCCGGAAGGACAUUGUAAACACGGGAUGAAUCAAUUAUUAUAAUAUAUAAUUAUAAUAUUAUAAUACAAUAUAUUAUACCGGGAUGUAAAUUUACAGAUAAUUUCGUGAAUUCUAUGAACUCUUUAUCUAUGUUGUACUUUAAAUUAUCACAAUAAUAUAAUAUUCUCUAUAGUUUUUAAUAACUAAAAACCUCACAGUAUUGAAGUGAUAAAUAAUUCGUAAAAUUCUUUUUUUAACCUAUGAUCUAAGAGCUCUCGUACAGACGCAACAUUUUCUAUACCAAACCUUUUUAUAAUAUUAUUUUGAAACUCUUCAAGUAUACCUAUGUUGCUUUUUUCUGCCCAGACAGAAAUACCAUAUUGUAAGUGAGAUUGAACAAAUUUAACAAAACGGAUUUCACAUAAAACAUACUCAUUAUUUUGCGGUUUAAGACAAUUCUGCGCGGCCGUUUUGUCGUUGAUAUCUCGGCGGGACCGUUUCGACACGAAGUAUAUCAUUUAUUAGGCGUAAAAAAUUAUUUUUAAUUUUAUCUAGUUAACCGUUAUUUUAACCUAUAGUAAAUAAAUAACAAUACAUAAAUAAUUUUAUAAAUUCAUAUAAUCAUAAAAUUAAUAAAAAGAAAAAAAAAAACUUUUAUUGAUGACGUACUUAACAUUAAAUACAAACUUAAUCGAAAUAAAAAGCUCCCUAAGUAAUUGAAAAUAAUUUCUUAAUAGAUUCUCAAUUAAAGUUUGUUUUAUACGAAAUAUUAAUAUUCGAUAGAGACUCACGUUCUUUUUCAUCUCAUUAGUAUUGUUGCAAAAUCAGCUUCAAUUGUAGCUGACUCCAAAUCAUAGGUCGAAUGCGCACUUAUUUUUUUUAAAAUUUAGUUAUAAAAAUAAAUACAAAUAACUAUGUUUAAAAAUAAUGAAGUAUUAAAUUACCUCCGAAGUUUCUACAGAUGCAUUUAUAUAUAUAUUCUUGCCUUACAUGAAUCUGAAUAACGACAUCGUUAAAUAUUUUUAAAUUCAUCAGCACUAAAUGCAUCAAAAAUUUACAUAAUAUAAUUACGUACAAGUACUUCAUGUCUACGGAAAUUUUCAAUUUCGUGUGCCAUGGUGACUAGUUGAUAACUAAUUUGAUACUGAUAUGAUCGGAAUAACGUACGUGUAUACAGGAUGAUUCACUAAGCGUGCUCAUCCCAUUUUUUUUUUAGUUAAAUUUUGCAUAUAUUCAAAUUCUGAUUUUUACAAUUUUUAAGUGCAGUUAAAGAUGCUUUAAAGAAAUACUCCAUCUAUGAAUGGAAUUUUUAAUAUGGGUUCUCAUUUGAAAAACCAAAGCUGGUAUCAACACAGUAUACUCCUGAAAUGCUGUGAAAAAUCUAAGUUUUCGAGAAUAUCGGCUCUAACUAAACUUAAAAAUUCCAAAAGUCAGAAUUUGAAUAAAUGCAAAAUUUAAUUUAAAAAAAAAAAAAUGGGGUGAGCACGUUUAUUGAAUCACCCUUUAUAGAUACCAUAGAUUAUAUAUUGUGCCUUGCGCGAUAAACAUAAUUGUUUAUGUAAAUUGUGACAUUCACUCAGAUUAUACAAUGUACAUUAUACAUGUAUAUUAUAUAUACAAAUAUAAAAGCGAAAAUGGAAAUCUUUGUUACGGGUUCACGGCUUCGAAACUACUUAUUCAAUCAUCAUGCAGUUUAUUUUAAAAUUAAAAAUGACAUCACAAAGCAGGUUUCAGGCAUACAUUUAGUCCGAUAAAGUUAGUAAAUUAUUAGUUAUUAAUUAAAAGAAACGUAUAAAUUGUGUACCAAUAUAUUUUCAGUUACUCGAAUAAAAUGAAAAAAUAUGUGCUAUAAUGGUUUGGUAUCUAUGAUUUCUUCGGAUUAUAAUUUCCUAUAUUAUGCACUGUCUCCAUUCUUUAUGAUCUAUGCCAUUAUCGUACAGUUUACGUUGAAUUACGUUUUCCGCGUAUUACAAGUUUUGUUUGUUGCUGUGAACAGCCGCGCUUUUUUUUUCUUCUUUUGGUUUUUUUUUCUAUUUAUCGCAUAAUGCCCAUGAAGAGGAAAUCAAACCUUGAUCGUUCCACUAAUAGCGCCAAGAAUAUGCGCUUAUCUAGGAACAAUCAUUCACAAACGCACGAUCAAAAUAUAAACCCAUUUUACGCGGUUUUUCGAAAAAUGAUUCGCAUUGUCUGAAGAAGGUUUUAUGCUAUUAAAAUCUCCGAUCUGACCAGUAGAAGUAGUAUACUUAACUUGCAGUAAUUCGGGCUGUAUACAAAAUAGUAAUGUACAGGCAAUUUUUAUUGCUUAGCAACUAUAUAACUAAUUCAUAUAAGUUUGAAAUUAAAAUUAAAGAAAAGGUAUUUUUUAAAUAUUUAAGGGCAAUAACGGUUAACUGCAGUGUUUUGAUGUGAAUUAAAACAGAAAAUCCAGAGGAAAACUUUUUUAUUACACAUAUGUUUGGCUUGGGCAACGCCGGGCGGGACAGCUAGUAUUAUAUAUAUUCGUAUUAGAUUUUAUAUUGAGUUUUUAUGUUUUAUAUUUUAAAAUGGGAUUUACACCGAAACGUCCGGUUCCGAUUAUUCCACGAAGUGAUGAAUUUUUUUUAAAAAAAAAAAGUAGCUCUAGAAUGUUACUCUAAUAUUAUUUAUUAUCACCUUUAUUUUUUAGGGAUGAAACGAUUAUAGCUACUUUUGAUUUUGGUCUUGAAAUUGUUAAUUCUACUAUUUUAGUUUAGAUAGAGGAAGAGUCAUGAAGUUGAUGUGGCGCGUUUUACACGGCGCGCGACGUUUGAAUAGUGCUCCACUUUUCUCCCCUUACCUUAACUUAAAAGUGGAACAUCUCUUCAAUGAGUUGAUGGAUAUCAAAAGUCUACACUAACAUCUAUUUAAACUAAUACUCCGUCCAUUUUUAAUGUAGGUUGUCAUUUGAAAACUAAAAGUCGAUAUAUAGUCAAACUAUAAGAUUGACAAAAUAUAAUGGUAAUGCAACAUUGUAGAGCUGCUUGUUUCAUAAAUUAUUAAAACAAAAAAAAAAAAUUAAUACAUGUACUUUGCGAAAUAAUGAGUGUUUUACGUUAAAUGAAUCACUUGCCCAAAUACAACGCUUUCGAUCCAAAGAUCCCAUCACUAUUUUUACUUAUUCAAGUGGAUUCAAUUGAAGUUUGGUGAAUGAAAUUAUUUUUUCAUCAAAUAGUUUAUAUCAAAAGAUUGAGUUUAUAUAUUAUUUCAGUCGCUACAAUGAAAACUUUAUAUUUUUAUACUACGUUUUAAAAGCUGACCACUCUUACGAAUAGGACGGGACCGAACUUUAAUUUAGGUACGUGUUAAUAGUAUUAAUAUUUAUUUCGCGCGUAUAGUCAUAUUUCCGGCAUUAUGAUAAUCGGAGUUCCGACCGAGGUCUACUGUUACGGGACGUCAUUCUUGUUGGGCGGAGCGGUAGACAUUGUAUUGGUUACCAUAAUAUUCUAUAUAUAUUUGCCCGUGUUCUACGAACUUCAAUUAACAUCAGUCUACGAAGUAUGUAUAAUUCAGACGAUAAAAACAAAAACCAAAAUGUUUCCGUCGAUGAAUUGAUUUAUUUUCAAUUCCGAUCGCAGUAUUUGGAACACAGGUUCGAUACCAAUAUUCGAGGAUUAGCGUCGUUAAUUUACGCCGUUUCCAUGAUUCUGUACAUCCCGAUCGUGAUUUACAUGCCGGCAUUGGUGUUAAACCAAGGUACGCAUAAACGGUCUCGUCUCAACGACAUUAGUACCGUAUAAACAUUGAAACAUAUACCAUUUUAUUUAUUUUUUUUUUUAUAAUGUUACAGUCGCAGGAAUUAAUGUGCAUCUAAUCACGCCGAUAAUAUGCGCGAUAUGUAUAUUCUACACCACCGUCGUAAGUAUAUAAUAUUAUAUCGCGUAUCGGUGUUUGUAAUGGUGACGAACCGGUUUUGAUCCUGCGGUGAUUUGUUUUUUUUUUUCCACAGGGAGGACUGAAAGCAGUCGUAUGGACGGACGCAAUUCAGAGUGUGUUUACUGCCGUAUCGGUAAUCGUUAUAAUCGGCAUGGCGCUCGUAGAAGUCGGAGGAUUCGGUCCCGUGAUACGAGCGAACCAAGACGGAGACAGAAUAGAAUUUUUCAAGUCUGAUUUUUGAUUAUUACGGGUGUGUACAAUGCGGCAGGCACACCUACUUCGUUCAGACAAUUUUUUAACGACCGAAUGCAUUCAUUUUUAGGAUGGACCCCGAUCCAUUUUUAAGGCAUUCGUUUUGGACGAUCAGCAUAGGAACUGCGGUGCAUUUGAUCGCUAGCGUAGGCGUUCACCCGGGCUCCGUUCAACGGUUCGUGGCAUUGCCAACUUACGAAAAAGCGGGGAAAUCGUUAGUUUACUUUAUUCUCGGAAUGGCCGUGGUCUGUGCGUUGACCGGCGCCCUCGGAAUGUAAAUGUACACCAAGUACAAAGACUGCGAUCCCAUUUUGGCUAAUGUCAGUGUGUGUUUGUUUUAUGUUUUUACAAUAUUUCAUAGAUUUCAAUGUUAUUUUGGUGUCGAAUUUUAUGUGAUUGCAGUACAUCGACAGUUCUAAAAACAUAUUGCCGUAUUUCGUAGUAGAAAUAGUUGGGAAAUUUCCGGGACUUACAGGGUUAUUUAUAUCCGGUAUCUUUAGCGCCGCUCUGAGGUAGACGUAUUUUACUUUUUUUUUUUCAAUAUCACAUAACAUGUUUAUUAUAAUAAUCUAAUACUCGAUUUGUUCAGUACGAUGUCUGCGCAACUCAACACAGUUUCCGGGACGAUUUACGAGGAUUUCGUUGUCAAAACGAUAAACGUUAACGUUUCCGAAUCAACGGCUAGCGUUAUCAUGAAAUGUAUCGCUGUGAUCGUCGGCAGUGUGUGUUUGGUUUUAGUCAUGGUCGUAGAGAAAUUGCCCGGAAUCCUUCAAGUCGGUAUUUUAUUUUACCUACAGUGAGUGUAAAAAGUAUUCGUACACUCUACAUUUUUAAAUAAAUAUUCGUUUUUCUUCAUGAUAUUUUAUUUUUCUCGAUAAAUUAAUACAUGCAUAUUAUUCUUUUACGAUUUUUAAUUAAAUUUAAAAAAAAAACCAUGACAACAGUUAUAUUAAUAAUAUUCAAUAACAAACAAAACAAUAAAUAUAUAAUAGUAAAAAAUAAUAAUAAUAAUAAAGAGUUGUAUCAAAAAAAAUGCCUUUAAAUUAUUGUAUAGCCCUAUUUAGUACUUUGUAGGGUAGCCUUUGGACCUUAUUAUAACCUCCAACCUCUUAGACAUUGAAUAUACCAGAUGACGUGUUGUUCCUGCUGUGAUUUUAUUCCAUUCCUCUUCUAGACCUUUUUUAGAGUUUCCUUAUUUGAAAUAUUGUGAUCUCGAAUUUUUCUGUCUAAAUAAUCCCACAAAUUCUAAAUAGGAUUAAUGUCUGGAGACUGUGGUGGCGUCACAAGAUAUUCAGUUACAUUGUUCGACAACCAAGCCUUAACUUUUUUUGCAGUAUGCUUGGGAUCAUUGUCCUGUGUAAAUAUGAAAUCAUCUUUGAUGCCCAUUUUUUCGGCACUAGCUGCAAGAUUUGUCUUCAAAAUAUUUAAAUAAAUAUAUUGGUUCAUAAUUCUAUCAAUAAAGUGCAAAUUUCCAACACCCUGAGCACUCNAAACAAAACGUCUUCCAUCAGAGCUAAAAAUAUUAAAUUUACUUUCGUCUGUAAAUAUAACUUUGUUACAAAAGUUAUCAGAUUGAUGAAAGUUAUCUCUUGCAAAAGCAAAUCUCUUUUGUCUAUUUUUUUAUUUACAAAUAUUUUCGACGAGCUACUCGUCCAUAGUAAUCACUAUUUGUUAAGCAAUUUCUAAUUGUUCUUAUACAAACACGUACUCCAAAAAAAUUCGCAAGAUCUUGUGUUAUUUUAGGAGCGCUUAUUUUUUGAUUCAAUUUGACUUUUCGUUAAACUAUAUGUUUAUCAUGGUCAGAAAGUUUUUUUGGACGAUCAGAUCGUUGCUUAUUUUCGUGACUUUCCCGCUCACUGUAUCGAUCUAUCACGUCUUUCACAGUACUAUGAGCUCUGUUGACAAUCUUUAAUAUUUGACGUAAUGAUUGGCAUUGAUUAUGCAACCGCAGAAUUAGUUCACGUUCAAUUUUAUUUGUCUCGCAUUUUUUUCGACUCAUUUUGUGAUAGAUGAUAUUCCAAUAAUAUUUCGAAGCUAACUGAAUUGGUAUAAUCUUGUAACGUGUUCGGGGACAAACUUGUAAUGUGACAUUUUGUAAAUCUUAUCGUUUUCUAAUAACAUUAUUGUGAGUAAACAGGUGAUUCCGUAACUAAAAUAGAAGUGUACGAAUAUUUAUUGUUCCUAUUUUAUAUGUAUUGUUUUGUUUGUUAUUGAAUAUUAUUAUUAAUAUAACAUUUGUAAUGGUUUUUUUUUUUUUUUUUUAACAUAAUUAAAAAUCGUCAAUGAAUAGUAUGCAUGUAUUAAUUUAUCGAUAAAAAUAGAAUAUCAUGAAGAAAAAUAUACAUUUAUUUAAAAAAGUAGGGUGUACGAAUACUUUUUACACUCACUGUAUAUAAUAACGCGACUUACAGUAUACUAUAAGAUCAGGAUUUUUGAUUCUCGAUUGUUGCUCCUGUAAUAUUUUACUAGUUGUCCAAAAGUAUGUCCGGAGUCACGAACGGAGCAAUAGUGAGUGUUUUUAGCCUAGGGAUUUGCUUCCCCUGGUCCAAUUCGAAAGUGAGUUCAAAAUAUUUUUUCGAUUGAAUCUAAAUAGUUUUCGUAUGCGUGAUUUAAACGUAUUACUAAUUUAUUCAAAUCCGUGUGUAUUGUAGGGAGCAAUGUGCGGAAUGAUCACUAGUUUAGUGGUGACGGCGUGGAUUGUUACCGGAGCUCAAGUAGCCAUGAUUAACGAGGAAUUGAAGUUUGUUGAAAAAAAUUAUUCAAUCGCCGGAUGUCCGCCAAACAUUACUUUCAAGAACCACACUGAUUAUUUCUCUGGGUAAGACAAACAAUUUUGUUAAAUAUUUAACUCUUUUUAAACAUCUUUAUUUUUAUAGGUUGUACCGUUUGAACGACGACGUGUACGUGAGUUCAAACACGUGGAAAAUCUAUACGGUUUCGUAUUUGCACUAUACCACGAUCGGAACAGUCGUCGGAAUAGUCGUCGGACUAGCGGUCAGUUUUUUGUUCCCGACUGACGAGCAAGUCGAUCCAAAACUAUUGACGUUUUGCGUACGAAAGUUCAUGAAUUCCGAGUACACCGAAACAAAGGGUGAUCAACCUGAUUAUAGAACUAGGACCGAAAAAUACAACCCGGAGAUUCAAGACACUAAAUUAUAA